CAGAUCAGACAGGGUCUCUCCGUUGCCGUUUGUGGAAGGCCAGGCGACACGUCGCCACGCCCGUCUUGACAAAUACAGACAGGGCACGCACGCGCCGCCAUACCGACAGUUCCGUCUCAAACUCUCUACCUGCUCCGCUGCCCACACGGCACACGAGCUGUCAGCUAUAUACUCCAUCGCACGUCCAACCCCAGGGAAACACCCAUCCAAGAUACCGACGAGCAGGCCAGAGCGAAGGAAUGGACUCCAUGGCCAGCGACGACAGCAACCAAGGAGCAGCAGCCAAGCCGAAGCCGAAGCCACCACCGCUACCGCUGUCCGUGCGCCUCCAGCUGGCCGGGCUGACAGCGGCCAUCGACGCCGUGGAGCGCCGCGACGGGACGGUGAACCGCUGCCUGUACGGCGUGAUCGACCGGCUCCUGAGCGCGCGCGCCAGCCCGCGCCCGGACGCCUCCGGGGUGCGCUCCUACGACGUGACCAUGGACGCGUCCCGCGGCAUCUGGGCGCGCGUCUUCGCGCCGGCCGCGGCGGACCGCCCGCUCCCCGUGGUGGUGUACUUCCACGGCGGCGGCUUCGCGCUCUUCUCCCCGGCCAUCGGGCCCUUCAACGGCGUGUGCCGCCGCCUCUGCGCCGCGCUCGGCGCCGUCGUGGUGUCCGUCAACUACCGCCUGGCCCCGGAGCACCGCUGGCCCGCCGCCUACGACGACGGCGUCGACGCGCUGCGCUUCCUCGACGCCCGCGGCGGCGUCCCGGGCCUGGACGACGGCGUGCCCGUCGACCUCGGCACCUGCUUCCUGGCCGGGGAGAGCGCGGGCGGAAACAUCGUGCACCACGUCGCCAACCGCUGGGCGGCGGCGUGGCAGCCGUCCGCGCGGGCCCUCCGCGUCGCGGGCGUCUUCCCCGUGCAGCCCUACUUCGGCGGCGUGGAGCGCACGCCGUCGGAGCUGGAGCUAGAGGGCGUGGCGCCCGUGGUCAACCUCAGGCGCUCCGACUUCUCGUGGACCGCGUUCCUGCCCGACGGCGCCACCCGCGACCACCCGGCCGCGCACGUCACCGACGACAACGCCGACCUCGCCGACGACUUCCCGCCCGCCAUGGUCAUUAUCGGCGGCUUCGACCCGCUCAUGGACUGGCAGCGACGCUACGCCGACGUGCUGCGCCGGAAGGGGAAGGAGGUGCUGGUGGCCGAGUACCCAGGCAUGUUCCACGGCUUCUACGGCUUCCCGGAGCUCCCCGAGGCUACCAAGGUGCUGCAGGAUAUGAAGGCCUUCGUCGACAGCCACAUACCCACGCCCAAGCUCGCCGACGCGUGAUGCACGAACACCAUCCCAUUCCAUUCUAGUGUCAUGAGUCAUGACUGC